AUGUGGUCGGGAGGCGGGAAGCGGCGGCUGAGCCUGAAGCUGCGCCGGGCCCGGGGUGAGGCGGCGCCUCGCUCCCCGCCUCAGCUCCUCCCGCCGGACCCGAAGCAGCCCCGGGGCGAGGCCGAGGCCGAGGCUGAGGCCCGGUCCCCCUCCCGGGGCCGCGCGGCCUCUAAACUCUCCAGGAAAAGCCGGCGGCGGGAGCGGGAGGACCGCGGCUCCCCUCAGCUACACCCGGGACAUGCGGGGCCGGGGCCGGGGGACACGGGGCGGGGGGACACCGCUCGGGGGGACACGGGUCCGGGGGACACGGCGCGGGGGGACACCGCUCGGGGGGACACGGGCCCGGGGCGGGGGGACACCGCUCGGGUCCCCUAUUACCUGUCUAACUUCCUGAUGAUGAUGGAGUUGGUAUUGGGCGGUGAAGACAGAGAGCUCUUCAACGAAGAGGAUCACUCCUGGAUCACAGCCUUCCUUCAGCUUUCAGUUGAUGCCAAGAAGCUCUACGUACGGCUUUUUCAGCGGAAACUGAUUUGGCUAAAGGUGAAUAAAUUGGAUUAUGCGGAGAUUGGUUUGGAUCUGAUACCGUACAUUCGGGAGAUGGGCAAGGCUGGCUUGUUACAGACAGAGUCUGAUCUUCAGGAUGUUUCUGAAUCGUUGGAUUUACUAUCUGGCCCGGAAAUGAAAGUUCUCGCCAAGCGUUUCCUGGUGCCUGGCAGCGGACGGAGGGAGCUGAUGACGUCUCUGUUGCGAUUGUCGAGGCAGCGCUCGCUCUUCGGAGGUCUGACCAGCUCCACCACCGGCUCUAUGAUGAUGAAAAGGGCUAAGGAGCUGGCAGGCAAUUGUGUGCGGGUUGCUCGGGCCCCACGAGCAGUCCUGUCGAGGCUGCUGCUGCUUUUCUCACUGACUGAUGCGGUGGAGGAAGAAGCAAGUAGUGGCCAGAACCAGAUGUCUACAGUGCUGUUGGUGAACAUGGGGCGCGUGACCUUCCCUCAGUACAAGGUAGCACGAAAGACGACAAUCUUCCGAAAUAGGGACGAUCUGAUCAGGUAUGAGACUGCUGGGCAUGCACUGAGGGAUGUCAAGGUGCUGAUGGAAAGCGGACACUGGGAGGAUGCAUUAGAGCUCUACAAAAACAGCAGAGAUGAGCAAAGUCAGGCAGCGGCAUCCAACGACAGCAGGUUUGAUCGUGAGCUGCCCGUGUACCUGCGGUGCUUCACUGCUGGCUGGGUCCAUGUGCGACUCCGUUCCCAUGGUGUGGAGAUUCUGCAGCGGCUGAGGCUUUACCAGGAGGCUGUAGAAGAACUGCGGGCUCUUCUGGCUCAAACUGUCUAUUGUGCGGCCAGCAGAGGUCGGUGGUGGGACCGCCUGGCUCUGAACCUGCACCAGCAUCUCAAACAGACAGAACAGGCUGUGCACUGUAUCCUGGAGGGGUUGGACGAUGGCCAUGUACGUCCAGGCCACAGACUGGCGCUACACCAGCGGGCAACAAGGUUACGGGAUUCUCCGGGGGGCAAGAAAUGGCAGCCGCUGCUUCUCACACUGCCAGCGUCCAGCAUUGGCGAUGUUCCACAUGUUACAGUGAAAGGUAAACUGUGCCCUCAGACAGGCACAGGGAAUUCCUUCUUUCUCCUGGAGACUGCAGAGAACAUUAAUAGUUUGGAGAAAAAGGGCGAUGGGGCCAUGGUGAUCUGUUCAGUGGAGCAGUUGGCACUGGCUCACUACCGGCAACAAGGCUUCGAUCAAGGAAUACACGGAGAAGGGGCCACGUUUACCACACUUUUUGGACUUCUUUUCUGGGACAUCAUAUUCAUGGACGGAAUCCCAGAUGUUUUCCGAAAUUCUUACCAGGCAUUCCCACUGGAUUUGUACACAGAUUGUUUCUACACAAACAGGAGGGAGGCUGUGGACUCGCGCCUGGAGUUGGUACGAGAGGCAUCUCCGCUCACUCUGCAGAGUUUAAUCGCUGACGUGUGGCGGAGUCAGGAGGGCAAAGCGACUCCACUGGUGACCUGGCAACUCUUCAGCUCCCUGCAGCAAGCACAGAGUCUGGUGAGCAGCCUGGGUGGAGCGUUUCUGAGUGGAGUGUGCGAGCGUCUGGUGAAGGAUCUGAGACACUAUCGGGCAGGGCUCCCAGACCUCGUGGUGUGGAACAGCAACAGCUUCAAGUUUGCCGAGGUAAAGGGUCCCAAUGACCGGCUUUCCCCGAAGCAGACAGUCUGGCUACACGAACUGCGGCAGCUCGGGGCUGAGGUGGAAGUGUGCCACGUUACAGCAGUGGGAGCUCGGAGCACUCGCCUCAGCUGAAAGUUAGGAUGAUGACAGUAUAUCCCUGACCUCUCCCACUGCUGAGGCUCCAAUCACUGUAGUGCGGACAACUGGAUCUGCCUUCAAACAUUCCACAAAGAAAUAUGGGAAAAGGAUGAACGCAAAGGAGGGGAUUUGCCUGUUUAAUUAGUAAUCGUUGGAGAUUGAGCAUCUGAUCAAAGCCCUGUCUGCCUUCAUCUCCUGUUAGAAUGGUGCCAUCGUCUCACAGACAUUCGGUAAUUUAAGUGUCACCAUCAUAAUCCUCCAUCACUGCUGAUGCCUCAGAAACAUUAAGUGAGUAGCUCAAUCGUACAGAGCUGUAAAGUUGUGGCAUGAAUCAGUGGUCUUCUGUGUGUUAGGGAGGGAGAGAAAUCUCCAUUGACAGUUGGGUGAGGUACUGUAACCUCAAGGGUAAAUAAAAAGGAGUCAAAAGCUUUUGGGAAUGGAGUAAAGCAAGCUUUCCAGCAGAGGUUUGUUUCUCCGCACUUACGUGUUGUAUGACUGGGAUGCGCUGCAGUCAGCAAUCAGAGGCUGCUUCCUGACACGCUUGGAUUAGAAUAAGCCUCUUUGUAAAAAGGCUCACAACAAAUGACAAGAUUUGCAACUUAAAGUAUAUUAUUGUGUGUUAAUCUGCAGCCAACGCAGUGAGCAGUCAAAUCCACUUCUGGAAAAUGCCUAAUCUUUACUUGUCUUUCAGAACUUGCUCACUGUUACACAUGCUAAAAAUUAGCAUAAAAUUCAGCUUAAUUCACACCGCGGGACAAAUCCUUCGGCUAUAGUCUCUGAGCACCAGCUAUUUUAACCAACUGAAUGAAGCAGUUUACCCGGAUUACGUGCUGGCUUCAGGCUGUGCACAAAGCACUGAUAAACCAGCCAAUUGGUAAACGGAAACCACUCAGUUUAAAAGCUUCAGUCAAGGCUGGCGGGUACAGAACUGGUGCUCUCAUUAAUGAUGAACACUCAUCUGCCCUUCAUCCUUUUACAAAUUGGUUAAGAGAAAAAAAGGAUAUUGCUGAAAGAUGGUGAAAUGCAGAUGCAAUUGGACUGCGAGUCCUGCUCUGAUUUCAGAUGGACAUUACGGCUCAGGGAGGUAGUUUAUGGAUGUCAAAUGCACUUGUUCUGGAAUCUGUUCACUCUGCAAUAGCCACUUUCAGGUUCAGUGCCAUGCACUGAGUCAAACAGAAAGAAAGAUCCCAGGUUCAAUGCGCUUUGAGACAUCCGCUCACCAUGAAGGGUGCUAUAUAAAUGUAAAUUUAUUGUAAUGUCUGGUCUGCUGAGAUAACAUUAGCUAAGCAACAGUGAAGGCAGUAUAAUUGGUAUUUGUGCUUAUCAGCCAUGACACACACCCACCUACUAUUGUGUGGUUAACCUAUGAGGACAGUAUGGUGACAUUAUAUAGUAGAAUGCUGCUUAUACCCCAUACAUGGCCUUGACGGUGAGGUACUGGCCAGGUAGCAGUUCUGUUGCUGUGCUCAAGGAAGGAGAGAAUACUGCAAAGAUUGGUUGGAUGGGAGCGAACAAUUGUUGGAAAACAAUCUUAAAAUUAAAGCUAAUCCUUAAUUAUCUAAGGUUGUUGCUAAUGUAGACUGAGGUAAGGAUGAAUUUGUCACAUUGAAUGAUAGGAUUUUGCCCAGAUAGCCAUUGAUGAAACUUUGAAAUUCAAGGAUGAGGGAUAUAUUAAACUUUAAUAAUUAAAGCAUAAGGCGAGAAGGCAGGGACGUGGGAAGGGUCCAUGGCUAGUAUAGAAUACUGUGGGGGAAGAUCAGGCUAGGUGGAUCAAAUGGCUUGUACCUACCUUUGUUGAAUUAACUGCAGAUGUAUAGCGAACUAGCUGUAAUGUUUACUGCAGCAACAAUACCACACUGACUCACACUGCAUUUAUUUUUGGUGAAUAAUGCCUCAGCUAAUGACUCUGAAGACAGUGCAAAUAAAGGGGACAAUUUAUUUUGUGGUUAUUUUGAGUGUGAUGGUGUUGAUCCGCUAACAGAGUACAAGCAAUUGAAAUCAAAUAAAAUCGCACAACAGAA